CGGAAGCGUCCUGGGUUCGAGAUCGCAAGCAACUUUUUGCAACGUUUGCAAGGCGGAAGUUGAUUCCAACAGGUUAGAAUGAAGGAUUAAUGUAAUACAAAAGAGACAAAGUUGGGAAAUUCACAAUGGAGCUAGAGCUACAGACCACUGCUGGUGACAUUCAUGUGACCCCUGCUGUAAUCAUCCCACGACUUCCCUUCUGGAUCAAGGUCACAACCUUGACCUCGUGUGCCCUCUCCAUCCUGGGGUCAGCUUUGAUCAUCGUGACCUUCUUCGCAUGGAAGGACAUCCGCACCACUUCCCGCCGCCUUCUCGUCUUUCUCUCCCUCACAGACUUCUGGACAGCCAUCGCGCUUUUCUACGGCGUGUACACCGAUUUUGUGGACAGCUCGGUUGACUGUAUUGCACAAAGCAUUGUCAGCACCUUCAUGGGCACCAGCUCAUUCUUCUGGACCGUUUCCAUAGCGAUCUAUUUGUACAUAACCAUCGUGAAGACUGACACUCAGCUGGCAGGAAGCCUGACCAAGUAUUUCCAUGUGGUGAGUUGGGGUGUCCCCCUAGCGGUGGUCGCAUGUGCUGCAGGGCUGCAGAAGUUAGGAUAUGACAGGUCAGAGGUGUCAGUUGGCUGGUGCUGGGUGAAGCUGACCACACCCGACAUUGCUGACAACCUGCUAUGGAUGCUGCUGACAGGAAAACUGUGGGAAAUCCUGGCUUACUUCAUCCUCCCUGCACUGUAUAUUGCCAUGAAGAGGCAUAUCUAUGCACAGGGUCGCGCACAGGACUGCUACCGUUUCCAGCGCAGCGCGGUGGCCGCCAUGGUGAAGGUGGACCGUAAGCUGACGUUCAUCCCGCUGGUGUUCGUGCUGCUCCGGCUGUGGAGCACGGUACGCUUCGUCCUGACGUUGACGGGCUCUUCUGCCGUCAACAACCCUGUGCUGCUCGUUCUACAUGGCAUUGGAAACACCUUUCAGGGUGGGGCCAACUGUAUCCUGUUCUGCCUCUGCACAGAGAAGAUUCGAAACAAGCUGCUACCCAGAAUGCCAUGUGGAUCUUGCAGUUCCUGCUGCAGCUGCCAGGGGGCUGCUUGCUGCUCUUUCCUGAGGCUGAAGCUGCAGGGACCCAAAUAUGUCCUUCAGAUAGAGGCCAAUGGAUGUGUGGACAGAGAGGAUGAGCCACUUCUCUCUGAGAACCUCUAGUUUCUGAAAGCCAUGUGUGUGCAUC